AUUUUGGACAGCGUUGGAUUCUUUUUUUUACAAGAUUUUUAAAAUGUUUUGAUAAACUCAAGAGCUAACUGYUAAAAACAGCGCAAUUAKAUAGCCUAGUGUAAAAAUAUCGYGAUGGAUUCAGAAGAAAACGURCAAUAUGAAGGCAGGCCGUCGAAAAAAUCCAACGUUUUACCGAUAUGGGGAAGCGAACGAACCAUGAACUUGAACAACAUGAUUUUAACGAAUGUACUUCAGUCUCCUUACUUCAAGAACCAGCUUUAUCAACUUAAGACCUAUCAUGAAGUUGUUGAUGAGAUAUACUACAAGGUUGACCAUCUUGAACCAUGGGAAAAGGGCAGCAGAAAAACAUCUGGACAAGUUGGAAUGUGCGGAGGGGUACUGUCAACCUCCUGCUGACAUGUGGGAUUGGUAUGAAGCUUAUUUAGAAGACGAAGAGGAGUUGGAUCCCAAGGCAGGUACAGGAUGUCCAAUGACUAUAGGCCAACUAGUGCGUAGUUUCAUGUUAAAGUUAGAAUGGUAUGGUACGYUGUUUCCUCGUAUUCCUGUGCCAAUACAGAAAGAGAUUGAAAGGAAAUUACAAGAAUUAAACCUUUGUGAUGACCACAAAAGAAAUGCUAGUGAAAGCUGGCCAAAUGAGGAAGAAAAUCGCAGAGACCGGAAUGGUAGAUCMGACAGAGAAUCGAUGGAUCGCAGCCGAAGACAUGACUCCAAAGACCGAUUUCGCACCGAUCGUGACUCGCGUACCCGACGAAGUCGAAGUCGUGAACGAUCGAGCAGGCGCGAUAGCGAUCGACGAGAUCAUCGUGAAAAACAGCGAAGCCGAAGUCGCGAUCGUGAUCGCCGAAGACACAGCCGAACCCCCGAGCGACGACGAAGCCGCAGUCGGAGCCGWGACCGUAAACGCGACAGRCAUAGAGAUAGCGAAAAAGAGCACAAAAAACGUAGAGAUGAUUCAAGGGAAAGACGGGGGGAUUCUAAGAAUAGACGUAGAUCAAGAAGUAGAUAAGCAUUUUGGUUUUUAGGUUCUAAACUUUGAUAUUUAUUGCUCUUCGAGACAUUUUGUACAAAACUGUCAUGUACACAAUGGCACUUCAGGUCGUCUAUUUUACAUCAGGGUCUCAUAGGCCUUUUCGGAGAUCCAAAUAAGGUGUUGUUUGUACUAAAGCUAGACCACAGUGCACCAUGCUUUUGUAUUUCAGAAAAGGUUUAUUGCAUUUACAUUGACGACAUAACUUACUUGGACUCGUUGUUUAGGGUGCGUUCUUAUAUGCAGGUUAUGCACAGGAUGAAAAAUCUACCAAGAAUGUACCAUGUACCGACGCCAUUUUUUAGAGCAAAGCCUGAUGGGACUUGAGUAGAUGAUUGGGCUGCCUGUGGUUGUCUUUUUGCAAACAAAGCAAACAGCGGAGUUUGCGCCCAUCUUUUGUCACAGAAAAUGGCGUCGCAGUACAUUCCCAUACAUACAAUCCCAUAGAUUUUCCAUCUCUUGGUGCAGUAGUACGAAGGUURSACAAAGUUAUUYGCCGGAUAAAGUUGAUUUUUARUAGGGGCCUSUAAAUUUUGUUGAGAUUUUAUCUACUGUAUGARGAUUUUGGAUAAAUAUACAAAAUGGAUUGGUACAGUGGAACCUCAACUGUGCAUAACUUCAUCCAUUUUCUUAUAAUCAUAGCUUAGUAAGGGAUUUCCCUUUUACCAUUUAGCCAGAUGACUCGAGCCUUCGUUUCUCUUGACAAGCCGAAUCGAUAUCUGAAACAUAACAAUGUGUUUGACUCUUGAGCUUSUGCCUUUUUUAUUAUGCUUAUUUGCUCAAAAGGUCAAACUCAUGUGAAUUUUAUAGUUUAUUCUUAUGUAGUGAAGACCUUGACUCAGUUUUCAUCGAAUAAAUCCCGACGACUGGAAACUGGGGCUAGUGAAAAGCAGUAUUUCAGAGUGAAGUUAAAACACCCAUGAAAUGUUAAGCCCGUCAWUAAAGCCGUGAAACAAAAUUUGAUAAUUGAAAUUUGAUAYUGUCAAAUAGCCACAAAAGAAAACAAUUCAAUWAGAGGKUUUUUAGUGAAAUAUGUAUUUCACGGUUUUAUUGACUUAACUGUUGACUUAACACAUUUUAGUACUCUAAAUGCAYUGUCUUCUUUUGUGUCUAUUUGACUAUURCACUUCAAUAGUAACAUUUGUUUCACGGGUUUGAUGACUUCACUCUAUGGAAGAAUAUAAAAUUGAUAAUUUGUUUACUGAAAAUUUCUUUACUUCAAGAAAAAAAUUAUAAAAACUGAAUAACGAAACUUUUAUGAAUUCUUAUUUACCGAAAGAAGCAUCGWGCAAAUUUAGAGAGUUGCCCGACGCAGACAAGCUUACCUUUUCUGGUAAGUUUCUCGAGUAGUUGUAGUCCUUCGUUGUAAGAUAUAUUUGAACCUCCAAUUGACUUAAUAAACAGGCGUGCUUUUGA